CUCUCCUAGGGACACAGGUCAACAUGGAUCUGUACCACACGCCAGCUGGAGCUCUGGACAAGUUGGUGGCCCACAGCCUGCAUCCAUCCCCUGAGUUCAAAGCGGCUGUGCGGGGCGCUCUGGGGUUACUGGACACCACCCUACGGAAGCCGGGAGCCCUAGGGUCACAGAAACCAAAAGUGAUAAGGAUCGCCAAGGGAGGAGCCUAUGCCCGGGGCACAGCUCUCAAGGGCGACUGUGACACCGAACUUGUCAUCUUUCUCAGCUGCUUCAGGAGCUAUGGGGACCAGAACACCGGACGCACAGAGACCCUGGGUGCCAUGCGGGUGUUGCUGGAGUCCUGGGGACGCCACCCUGGGCCUGGCCUGAUCUUUCAGUUUUCUGAGCCAAAGGCACCUGGUGUCUUGCAGUUCCGGCUGACAUCAGCAGACCAGGAAAACUGGAUGGAUGUUAGCCUGAUGCCUGCCUUUGAUGUCCUGGGACAGCCCUGCUCUGGAGUCAAGCCCAUACCUGAGGUGUACUCCUCCCUCCUCAGCAGCGGCUGCCAGCCAGGGGAGCACGCGGUCUGCUUCACGGAGCUCCGAAAGGACUUUGUGAACAGUCGCCCAAUCAAGCUUAAGAACUUAAUCCUGCUGGUCAAACACUGGUACCACCAGGUGCAGAUGCAGGAGACCAAGAAGGCCACACUGCCCCCUAGUUAUGCCCUGGAGCUGCUCACCAUCUUCGCCUGGGAGCAAGGCUGCAGGAAGGACAGCUUCAGACUGGCCCAAGGGCUCCGAACCGUCCUGGCCUUGAUCCAACAGAACAAGAACCUGUGCAUUUUCUGGACGGAAAACUACGACUUCGGGGACCCUGUGGUUGGAGAGUUCUUGCGAAGGCAGCUUGAGAGACCCAGGCCCGUGAUCCUGGAUCCAGCUGACCCGACUUGGGACGUGGGCAACGGGACAACCUGGCGCUGGGAUGUGCUGGCCAAGGAGGCCGAGUCCUGCUUUAAUCAGUGUUGCUUCCUGCAGGCAUCUGGAGUCCCUGAGCAGCCUUGGGAGGGGCCGGGCCUUCCACGUGCUGGCAUCUUGGGUUUGGGCCACCCCAUCCAACAAGGGCCUAAUCAGGCCCUUGAAGACAACACAGGCCACAGUGCUGUUCGGCCAAGGGCAGGGAGCCCACAAACUUCACAUCGAGCUCCAGGACUCCCACAGGCAGCCACCAAGGUCCCUGCUAUGCAGAACCCAGCAGCCUAUAAAGCCAGCAAGAACCUCAAAAAAGCAACCUCUCCAAGGACUGCCCGUGACUCAGUGCCCAAUGUCUGGAGUCAGGAUCCGAUCACCCCAAACAUACCUCCUGGCCACUCAGGGCCACCCAGCAUCUCCACACCCAGGGCAGUGAUGGGUCCAGAUCUGUCAAAGAUCCCCAGCAAGGAGCUGGACUCCUUCAUCCAGGAUCACCUGAAGCUGAGUCCCCAGACCCAGCAGCAGGUGAGGAAAGCCAUCGAUGCCAUCCUGUGCCGCCUCCGGGAGAAGUGUGUGUACAAAGCCUCCAGGGUCAGCAAGGGCGGCUCUUUUGGCCGCGGCACAGACAUCAGGGGUGACUGCGAUGUGGAGCUCGUCGUCUUUUAUAAAGUCCUCAGUGACUUCAAGGGCCAAAGAGCCCAACGAGCAGAGAUCCUGCGCGACAUUCGGGCCCAGCUGCAGUCCUGGUGGCAGGAACCGGAGUCUGGACUGAGCCUGCAGUUUGCUGAACAGAAUAGGCCGAACGCUCUGCAACUCCAGCUGCUGUCCCCAGACCUCAACCGCUGGGUGGACAUCAGUGUGCUGCCCACUUUUGAUGCUGUAGGGCAGCUGAAUUCCAGCGACAAACCUCCGCCCCAGGUGUACUCCUCCCUCCUCAGCAGUGGCUGCCAGGCUGGGGAGCACGCGGCCUGCUUCGCAGAGCUCCGAAGGAACUUCGUGAACAGUCGCCCGGUUAAGCUUAAGAACCUGGUACUACUGGUCAAACACUGGUACCACCAGGUUGCUGCUCGAAAUAAAGGAGGAGAGGCAUCGGGUACCACUCUGCCCCCAGCCUAUGCCCUGGAGCUCCUGACAAUCUUUGCCUGGGAUCAAGGCGGUAGGAAAGAGAAAUUCGGCAUGGCUGAAGGCCUUCGGACCAUCCUGAGGCUGGUCCAGCAGCACCAGCUACUCUGUGUCUACUGGACGGUCAACUACAGUGUGCAGGACCCGACCCUCAGAGCACACCUUCUCAGCCAGCUUCAGAAAGCCAGGCCUCUAAUUCUGGACCCUGCGGACCCUACCUGGAACGUGGGCCAGGGGAGCUGGGAACUGUUAGCUCAGGAAGCAGCCACCCUGGAGUCACAAGUCUGCCUUCAGAGUGGAGAUGGGACUCCUGUGCCACCCUGGGAUGUGAUGCCAGCCCUCCUUUACCAGACCCCAGCUGCGGACCUGGACAAGUUCAUCAGUGAAUUCCUCCAGCCCGACCGCCAUUUCCUGACGCAAGUGAAGAAAGCGGUAGACACCAUAUGUUCCUUCCUGAAGGAAAACUGCUUCCGGAAUUCUCCCAUCAAGGUGCUCAAGGUGGUUAAGGGCGGUUCUUCUGCCAAAGGCACCGCGCUACAAGGGCGCUCAGAUGCUGACCUGGUGGUAUUCCUCAGCUGUUUCAACCACUUCUCUGAGCAAGGCAGCCGUAGGGCAGAGAUCAUCUCGGAGAUCCGGGCUCAGCUGGAGGCGUGCCAGCGGAUGCAGACGUUUGAUGUCAAGUUUGAAAUCUCCAACAAGAAGAAUCCCCGGGUGCUCAGCUUCUCCCUGACAUCCCAGACACUGCUGGACCAGAGUGUGGACUUUGACGUGCUGCCAGCCUUCGAUGCCCUCGGCCAGCUGAGGUCUGGUUGUAAGCCUGAUGCUCGAGUCUACAAGGACCUCAUCCACAGCUACAGCAACGCAGGCGAAUUCUCUACCUGCUUCACGGAGCUGCAGCGGGAUUUCAUUAGCUCCCGGCCCACCAAACUCAAGAGCCUGAUCCGGCUGGUAAAGCACUGGUACCAACAGUGCAACAGGAUGGUCACAGGGAAGGGCUUCUUGCCCCCGAAGCACGGGCUGGAGCUCCUGACCGUGUAUGCCUGGGAGCAGGGCAGCCAGAAUCCCCAGUUCAACAUGGCGGAGGGCUUCCGCACUGUGCUGGAGCUGGUUGGCCAGUACCGUCAGCUGUGUAUCUAUUGGACCACCAACUACAGUGCGGAGGACAAGGUCAUCGGUGACUUCCUGAAGAUGCAACUUCAGAAGUCCAGACCCAUCAUCCUGGAUCCAGCCGACCCAACAGGCAACGUGGGCCACAAUGCCCGCUGGGACCUGCUUGCCCAGGAGGCUGCAACCUGCAUAUCUUCCCUGUGCUGUAUGGACAAGAACGGCAACCCCAUCAAGCCAUGGCUGGUAAAGGCAUCUGUGUGAAGUCCAGAAAGAUGGUCACACCAACUGAGAGAAAGUGGCAACAACCCUCAGCUUGGGGGACCCAGAGUAUCUGGCCAGCUGUGUGUGUGUGUGUGUGUGUGUGUGUGUGUGUGCAUGUGCAUAUAUCUGCAUGUAUAUAUGUCUACAUCUAUAUAUGUCUGUCUGUGUCUGAGUGUGUCUAUAUGUGAUAUGUUUGUGUAUCUGUGUGUGUGUUUGUGUGUGCCUAUGUGUGUCUAUAUGUCUUUGUGUGUGCCUGUGCAUGUCUCUUCAUGUGUAUGUAUAUGUAUGUGUGUAUAUGCAUAUAUAUAAAUGUAUGCAUGUAUCUGUGUGUUUGUAUGUGUGUGUAUAUGUGAUGUUUAUGUGUGUACCCCACUGUCUCCCAUCUGAUUGCCUACUCAUCUACCACCCAUUCAUUCCUCCCUACUUACCCACCUAGUGGGGCUCAUGGACCUCUGCUUUGAUCAUCCCAGCACCCCAAACUCCCAUGCUAGGCACCCUAGGAUCCAGACAUCUCAGGCUCUGUCAGUCUGUUGUUCAGCUACCCCUGAGCCCUGCCCCCAUCCCCGCAGCCACACCUAGCAGUGUCCCAGCCCUGCCAAGAAGUUACCUCCUCUCUGGCAUCUCUCCAUCUGCAGAGACCCACCAUCUGUGGUCCAGCUAUGUGACCAUGACCAUCAUGGGGCAGAGGUUGUGCUGGUGACUACAGAACAUCCGGGCUAAUAUCCAUGGCAAUGGAAUAAGCAAAACAAGUGAUAACUGGGCCUUGGGAAUGUAGAAGGAGCAAGAAGGGUCCCAAGCCUUACCUUGGCCCCGCCCACUCCCUCAGGAGGUAGAGUCUAGAAAGGGGAGGGUGAGAAGCCCAGGGUACAGUUUUCCUGACCCAUCGCCGGUUGAGGCUUUUUGAUAAUGCGGUACUUAGGGGUCGCUACUACAAUCCCAACUCAUGCUCUGUAAGUAACCCCAAUAAAUGCACUGGCUCA